UACAAAGGACAGCAGACAAGAACAAAUCAGAGACGCCUGCCUGCCUCCUGCACAGAAGAAUGGCUGCAAAGUCCUUGGCACUGUGUCUGCUGCUUGUGGGAGCAGUGUUGCCACAGGGCCACUGUCAGCACUGGUCAUAUGGACUGAGCCCGGGAGGGAAGAGGGAUCUGGACAGCCUCUCAGACACACCGGGCAAUAUUCUUGAGGGGUUUCCACACGUGGACACACCCUGCGGUGUUUUUGGUUGUGUGGAGGAAUCACCUUUUGCCAAGAUUUACAGAACCAAAGGAUUUCUUGACAGUGUCACCGACAGGGGAAAUGGACACAGACCAUAUAAAAAAUAAGGAUUAUUUGAGACUACAAUAAAUAUUAUAUUAGCAUGUCACAGUUGUUGUUGUUAUUGCUUGCGUGAUUUACACUGAAAUUAAAAAUAC